UACCUCCACACAAUGACGGCUACGCUACACGUCCCCUUGCGUCUGACGUGUCUUCCGUUUCUCUUGGCAACACAGAGACGCGCAGAGGAGGCAGAGAGGUUGUCGCAAAAUGGCUGAAGUUGAAGAAACACUGAAGAGAAUCGAGGCCCAUAAAGGUGUGAUUGGAUCAAUAGUUGUCAAUGCAGAAGGUAUUCCCAUCAGAACAACUUUAGAUAACUCCACAACAGUUCAGUAUGCAGGACUUCUUCGCCAACUCACGAUGAAGGCCAGGAGCACAGUGAGGGAUCUUGAUCCUCAGAAUGACCUCACCUUCCUCCGCAUCCGCUCCAAGAAGCAUGAGAUCAUGGUUGCACCAGAGAAAGACUUUCUGCUGAUAGUCAUCCAGAACCCAUGUGAAUAGCUGCCGGACAUUUCCAUGAGAGUCAGCCCUUGGUUUGUCACAUGGUGGUGCUUUAUCCAGGCAAAAGAUCUUGUUCUUCUGUGUUAUGUUGCUCCUUGUAUUCCAUGAACCCUCUUUUUCUAUUUGAAACUGAAUUAUGUUGAAUAAUUCUGUAAACUUAAGCUGCUGAUUACUGUACUGUAGUUAAUAGAUCAAGCCUGUUCUCUCUGUUGAUGUACAGAUGGGUGACAUAUCCAGAAGAAACACGAUGCUUCCACACAGGUUUACUGUGACCUAUAACUAAGCAAUUAACUAUAACAAAUAAAAAAUGUAUAAAAGAUAUUUAAAGAUGCUGAUUUAGCCUUGAUUAGGGCUUGAUUUUAGAUCAAGAUGGCAAAAAAAAAACCAAGACUUUAUAAGAAGGGUCUUUAUUGUGCCACAGAUGGCAGGAGCUUCAGUCACAAAGACAUCUCAGCUGACUAACACUGAGCAGCCUUUGUGACCGAAACAUUAGCAGUGACUUAAGUGGAAUCUGCAUUCAGCUGAACGGAGUCAGCACAAGCCUGUAUGCUUAACCCAGUGAGGGGCCGGAUGGCUCUGUGCUAUAGGAUACAUUCUCUUGCCAUGGUUUGAGUCCACUUGACUUAUUUUAGAGAAGGGUCCCUGGAAAUCAAUACAAGGUUAUUGUAGGUGAUCACUUUUAUCCAAUGGCAGAAGCUUUACUUAAGUGAAAGCAGUUAUAUCACACUGUAAAAUAAAACUUUGUUACAUGUAAAAGCCCAGCAUUCAAAAUAUUAGUUUAGUAAAAGUUCUUGAAUGACCUUAAAGUAUCUAAAGUAAAAGUACUCAUUAUUCAGAAUGGGCCCUAUCAGUGUUAUAUAAUCAUAUAUCAUUGAUUUGUUACUGCUCAUGCAUUUAAGUAUAAGCAGCAUUUUAAUGCUAUAGCUGCUCGAGAUGGAGCUUAUGCUAACUAGGUUCUACUGUUUGGUAAUUUAAUCAAUAGCAACGCAUUGGAUUUUAUAAAGGUAUCAUGUGAUUUGUAUGUAAAAUCUUAAGGGCCAUGCACACCCACGGUCCACCCACACAGGUGUUUUCACUUAUGCUGCUUCAUAAGUUUUUUGCUUGACCGACAUCUCCCUCACCCUUCUGUUGAUUUUGUUGUACUGGCCAGGGCUGGGCAACUUGCCCUGUAUCACUCGUAGUGCAUAGACUUUGGUGAAAUCACCAGCAUAGCUUCACCCAACUGACACGUGACUAGAGGUCUCAUCAGCCAGGGUAACUGAAAACACCUGGGUGGGUGUGCAGAGCCUUUCAUUUGCAAAGUAACUAGUAACCAUAGCUGUCAAAUAAAUGUCGUGGAGUAGAAGUAAAAAAGUCCCGUAAAAUGUAAAAACUCAGGGAACAUAAAAGUACCUUAAAAUUGUUCUUAAGUACAGAACCUGAGUAAUUUCGUUUCAACCUCUGUUUUUAUCCUACGUUGAAACAUUUUUAUCCUGGUGGGAUUGUCUCUUCCAAGAUGACUUUACCCCCAUCUACAGGACACCAGAGGUCACUGAACGGUUUGAUGAGCAUGAGAGUGAAUCAUAUGCUAUGGCCUUCGCAGCCACUUAAUCUCAAACUAAUUAAACACCCACUGGAGAUUUUGGAGCGACAUCUCAGGCAGCAGUCUUAGCCGCCCUCAUGAAAACAUCAAAUGAGCGAAUAUCGUUUGGAAGAAUGGUGUCCAUCCCUCCAUUUUUAAGGGUUCAGCCCUUAAAAAUCUUUUUUUUUUAAAGCAUAACUUGUCACCCAUCCGUAUAUGGUACUAUUUCUCCGUUAUAUCAGUAAUCCAUGCAAUAAAAUGACAUAUAGGCUAGGCCAUCCUUACCUACACAUUGGACUUAAUGUAGCCGUCUUUUUUAACCAUGUGUUACAAACCAAAGAAAAUAAAAGUGCCAGUUUUUUUUUAGAAACUUUCCUCAGAAUACCUGUUAAUUCAGUAAACAUGGAACUGAUUCAGAAAGUAGUAAUAGAAUAGUAUAUAGAAUAGUAAUAGAAAGUAGUAGUAAAAUU